AAUUUGUUCCGCUCAACAAAAAUGUAUCGUUUACUUGUAUAUUUUUUUCUUUAAAAAAAAUCACACCGCGGUGGAUAAAACCUCUCCUGCUGUGAUACUAGAUCGUGGUUGAAGCUCUCAGACUCUCAGUUUUUCCGACUCGCUGAUGGAAGCUUCUACUACAGGACUAUCAUCUGCUUCAGUUGGAUCUGAGCUGAAGUGUAAUACCUGAAGGAGCAGAAGCCCAGUUCGAGCUGUGAGAGCUGAGGGGAGGAUAAGCAGCUGGCUGAAAGACGACUGACAGAGCUGCCACCUUGCUGGAGAACGGCGAGACAGAGCAGUGACACAACAGGGCACUGUAUUGUUUUCAUGGCUUCACUAAAGGUGUGAAGACUCAAAGGACCACUCAAAGAAAAAAGUAGAUUGCUCUUGUACAGGACCUUCACCAUUAACCUGGAUCAGCCUUUAGUCUGAGGUUAAAGCUGAUAUUUAUUUUUGUAUAUUCACAUCCUCACACCUACCAUGGGUAGAAGAAGCAUCCUGGGCUGCUUCCUCCUGACCGUUCUGCUCAGCUUAUCAACCGCUGGGCUGGUUAAGAAAAUCAUACGUCAUCGAAGACAGACUUUGCUAGCUCCUAAAGAACAUAACAUCACCCUCCCCAGCGCAGACCAUCCUGUGGUUUUCAACCAUGUCUAUAACAUCAAUGUUCCUGCCAGUUCUCUGUGCUCAGUGGACCUGGACGCCCCGGAGAGCACACAGCUUCUUCCCAAGGAUUCGCCAGCUUCGUCAGGGCAUCACAUCACUGAGCACACUGUCGACGGGGAGAACCAGAUCGUGUUCACCCACCGCAUCAAUAUACCUCGGAAGGCCUGCGGCUGCGCUGACGACCUGCCCGGCCUGAAAGAGCUCAUGAGCCGCCUGGAGAUGCUUGAGGGAGAAGUUUCAGUUUUGAGGGAUCAGUGCAACAGCGACAGGCCCUGCUGCAGUGCACAGGUCGCAGGUGAAGUAGGAACAAAACCUUACUGCAACGGCCAUGGAAACUACAGCGCUGACACUUGUGGCUGUGUAUGUGAGCAUGGCUGGAAGGGACCCAACUGCACUGAGGCCGAGUGUCCCGGUAACUGCCAGGACCGGGGCCGCUGCGUGGACGGAAAGUGUGAGUGCUUCAAGGGCUUCUCUGGAGAGGACUGCACGCUCGAACUCUGCCCUGUGGACUGUGGAGCUUAUGGCCUGUGUGUGGAAGGCAUUUGCGUUUGCUCAGAUGGUUUCUUCGGUGACGACUGCUCUCAGACCAAGUGCCUCAACAACUGCAGAGGCCGCGGCCGCUGUGAUAAGGGAGACUGCAUGUGUGACGAACCUUGGACUGGCCUUGACUGCUCUGAGCUCAUGUGUCCCAAAGACUGCUACGACCACGGGCGCUGUGUGAACGGUACCUGCUACUGUGAUGAGGGCUACACCGGGGAGGACUGUGGAGAACGCAAUUGUCCUAACAACUGCCAAGGUAACGGUUUCUGUGUUGAUGGUCGAUGUGUCUGCACUGCCGGCUACAGCGGAGAGGACUGCUCUAAACUCACCUGCCUCAACGACUGUAACGACAGAGGGACGUGCUUCAACGGGAUGUGUAUCUGCGACGUAGGCUACCAAGGAGAAGACUGCAGCCAGUUAGCAUGUCUGAACAACUGUAACAACAGAGGCCAGUGCAUAAAUGGACAGUGUUCAUGCGAUGUUGGUUUCCAGGGAGAUGAUUGCUCUGAGCUCUCCUGUCCCAGAGACUGCCUGCACAGAGGGCGCUGCGUUAACGGCCAGUGUGUGUGCGAAGAAGGCUUCGCCGGCGAGGACUGCAGCAUCAUGACCUGCCCCUCAAACUGCUACGGCCGCGGCGAGUGCAUCAAAGGACGCUGCGCCUGUCAUGCAGGCUUCACUGGCGAGGACUGCGGUGCACUGAGCUGCCCUAACAACUGCCAGAACCGUGGCCGCUGCAUCGAUGGGCAGUGCGUUUGUGACGAAGGCUUCACUGGAGAAGACUGCAGUCAGAAAGCUUGUCCCAACGACUGCCUGGCCAGAGGAUACUGCGUCGACGGCAAGUGCACGUGUCAGGAGGGGUACUCUGGAAAUGACUGCUCUGUGCUCGCCUGUCCAGAUAACUGCAACAACAGAGGGCGCUGCAUCAACGGGAAGUGCACAUGUGAGGGUGGAUAUGAAGGAGAGAGCUGUACAGAGCUCAGCUGCCUCAACAACUGCCAGGACAAAGGCCGCUGUGUGAACGGUCAGUGCGUCUGUGAUGAGGGAUUCAUCGGAGAGGACUGCUUUGAAGUGUCUCCUCCAAAGGACCUUAUUGUCGGCAAGGUCACCGCUAACACAGUGGACCUGACCUGGACCAAUGACAUGUUGGUGACAGAAUACCUUGUGACGUAUGUACCCACCAGUCCCGGGGGUCUUCUCCAGGAGAACAAAGUGUCUGGGGACAAAACUUCCUCCACUGUCAAAGAGCUUGAACCUGGCAUUGAGUAUCUGAUCAGUGUCUAUGCUGUCCUGAGCAACAAGAGGAGUGUCCCUGUCAGCGCCAGGGUGGCCACAGCUCUCCCACAGCCAGAGGGUUUAAAAUUCAAAUCAGUGAGAGAGACCUCAGUAGAAGUAAUGUGGGACCAGCUGGACAUCCCCUUUGAUGGCUGGGAGAUCUAUUUCCGCAACACGAAAGAAGAAAAUGGAAAAGUGGUGAGCACCCUUCCAUCCUCUCAAAACCAGUUUCUCCAGUCAGGCUUGGGACCAGGACAAGAGUAUGAAGUCUCCAUCACCAUCAUCAAGAAUAACACGAAAGGACCCCAAACAUCCAAAACAGUCACUACCAAGAUUGACGGCCCUCGGCAGGUGGAGGUGAAGGAUGUCACGGACUCCUCGGCACUGGUGAGCUGGUCUCAGCCAGUUGUUCCUAUGGACAGAGUCACCAUGUUUUACAGGCCCACCUCCGACCCCUUAGACGAAAGCAGUGCAGAGAUUUUCCCCCCAGACAAGCAAUACAGCAUCGAUGGUCUGAGACCAGACACUGAGUACACAGUGAUGCUCUCCUCCAGGAGUGGAAACAUCAGCAGUGACCCUGUCACCACCAAUUUCACUACAGCCCUGGAUGCCCCAAGGAACCUGCGGGCCGUGUCUCAGACGAACAGCAGCAUCACUCUGGAGUGGACUAACAGUCGGGCUGAUGUCGGCAGCUAUAGGGUGAAGUACACCCCGAUCUCUGGAGCAACUCACGGUGAGGACGUGUUCCUGCGAGGACCAGGAGACACCACAAAAGCUACAAUCACUGGGCUGAAUCCAGGGGCGGAGUAUGGAAUCGGUGUUACUGCCAUGAAGAUAGAGAGAGAGAGCCUCCCGGCGACUACAAAUGCAGAAACUGACAUCGAUCCUCCAGGAGAUUUUGAAGAAGUUGAGUCCACAGAGACCUCCCUCACUUUGAGGUGGGAGAAACCUAGAGCCAAGUUCGGUCGCUACAGGCUGGUAUACGUCUCCAGAGAUGGCCAGGUCGAGGAGGUGGAGAUCCCGGCCACUGCAACGAGCCAUGUCGUGACCAGCCUGACUCCUGGAAUGGGCUAUACUCUCACGUUGACUGCAGAGAGGGGACACAAGAGAAGCACGCCUGUCAUCCUGUCUACAUCCACAGCCUCUUUCACAUUUUAUUUAGCCGACUCAGACGACGCUGAGCUAACAACUCCUACAGGCUCGGAGGACAAUGUGAUUAGCUUUGUGAAUUUAGAGCCCUCUGAGUCCCAGUUCUCUGGGAUGGAGCCUGAGGAUGAGCUCGGAACGCUGACUGUUUCAGGCAUCACGUCUGAUGGAUUUGACCUCUCAUGGAGACUAAAGGCUCACAGCCUUUAUGAUAGCUUUGCAGUAGAAUAUAAAGACCCUCAGCGAUUAUGGGAUGUGAAAGAGGUCCAUCUUCCUGGAAAUGCCACUGGCUCUAAAUUUGAAGGCCUGGCGGCAUCGACAGAGUAUCAGAUAAAACUUUAUGGAAUAACCAGUAGCCAGAGAUCUGCGCUACUUGAAGCUGUCGCAGUCACAGCACCCGAGCCUACCUCCCCAGAUGUACUUAUGCUGAGUAUUAAAGAUGCCACAACAACCUCACAGUCUUCUCUGGAUAAUGACACAAUUCAAACCCCAGAUCCCCUCCAACCCGUAAACACUGAGGCUCCUUCCACCUCUGAUACUGUUGUGAGGAGCUCAGGGGCUGAAAGCUCAAACCUGGAUGUACUUGGGGACCUCAAAAUCACAAAUGUUACCUCCACUAGUGUAAGCUUGGCUGGGUCGGCGCCCGACGAGGCGUUCGACAGCUUUAUGGUGGAGCUCAGUUCUCCAUCAGGGGUGACACAAGCUCAUGUGACCACAUUACCGGGAAAUGUGAGGAAGGCUGAAAUAGAGGGUUUGACCCCCUCGACACAUUAUGAUGUUACAUUACAAGGGCUGGUGGAUGGGAAUCAAUCUUUGCCUCUCAAAGUUGUCGCUACUACAGAGGAGCUGAAGCCCAUGGUGUUGAACCUCACCAUCUCUGACAUUACAUGGGACAGCUUCACUGCGUCCUGGAGCCCCACAGUUGGGGACUUUGACAGCUUUGUCAUUGAGGUAACAAACUUGGGGAAUUUCGCAGAGAGCCAGAACCUCUCACUGUCUGGAGACGCUUUCAGCCUGGGCAUCUCCGGGCUGAAUCCCAACACCAGCUACAUGGUUGGCCUGUACGGGAUGUAUCAGGGCUCCUUCCUUGAGCCUGUGUACAGUGAAGCCACUACAGUGAAUCAGCCGGUGCUUGGCACACUAUAUAUCUCAAACUUAACGUCAGAGAGCUUUUCUAUCCUGUGGAACGCCACUGAAGGAGAGUUUGAUGGUUUUAUCCUGGAGAUAAUUGAUUCUGAUUGGCUGAUGGAGCCAAAGGAAUAUAACAUAUCCCGCAAUGAUAAGUCACACAAUGUCAGAGGGCUCAGGCCCAGCACUGAUUACAUAGCCUACCUCUAUGGGACGUACAAGGGAUCCCGAACCAGUGCUGUCAGUAUUGUUGCAUCAACAGCUGAAGAGCCUGAUUUGUCCAGGCUAGUUGUUUCUAACAUUACCUCAGACAGAUUGUUUCUGUCGUGGCGGACAAGAGAGAAGCCUUUUGAUAACUUUAUAGUAGAAGUCAGAGAGUCUGCUUCGCCCUCUCAGGCAAUGGGGCGCGCUCUGCCAGGAGACGUGCACUCCACAGUCAUGGCCGGGCUCAAAGCAAGCACAAGCUACAACAUAAAGCUGUACGCUAGCACUGGUGGCCAGAACACACAUCCUCUAUUUGCUGUAGCUUCAACAGAGGAUCUCCCACAGUUGGGGCCCAUAGCUGCUUCAUCUGUGAGUCCACAUAAUCUCAGCUUGUCCUGGAGCACUGUGUCAGGCCAUUUUGAUGGCUUUGUUAUCCGGGUCAGUGACUCCGAGCAGCAGUCUGAUCCACUGGAGUUCAGACUGCCUGGUGAAAUCCGUAACAUUACAGUCUCGAACCUGAUGGAUGCCACAGGCUAUGACAUUGAACUGUAUGGUAUUUCUCACGGGCGCCACACUCCCUCUGUGUUAACCCACGCCGUCACAGCUUCUUUGCCUAAAGUGGAAAACUUGACCAUUUCCAACAUAACCCCCUACGGCUUCCGUGUGUCGUGGGAGGUGAAGCAGCAGCUGCAGCAGGAGGAUUCACCCCCCUCUAGUGGGGGCUUCAGCCACUUUCACAUAGUGGUGACAGACUCCGGGUGGCUGCUGGAGCCUCAGGAGUUCACUGUGCCUGGAAACCAGAGUCACCUGGACAUCUGGGGCCUCAUCACCGGCAUAGGAUAUGAGCUCAGGCUGACGGGGGUGUCAGAGUCAGGGCUUCUCUCUCGGCCUCUGAAUACAGUGGCUGUGACAGAGGCUGAGCCGGAGGUGGAGCAUCUCUUUGUCUCUGACAUCACUGCUGACAGCUUCCGUCUGUCGUGGGCGGCAGAUGAAGACAUGUUUGACAGAUUUGGGAUUAAAAUAAGAGACAGCAAAAGGCUAUCCCAUCCUAAGGAGUACAGUGUCCGCGGUGACGAGCGAACCAAGGUUUUAAAUGGACUCUUGAGUGGCACUGAGUAUGAAAUCGAGCUUUAUGGUGUCACAUUGGACCAACGCUCCCAACCUAUUAUUGGGGUUGCUCAGACAGGCCUGAGCACACCACUGGGACUUCAUUUCUCUGAAGUGACGGAUUCUUCUGCCGUAGUUCACUGGUCCAUGUCUCCCUCUCCUAUUGAUAACUACCGCAUCGCCUAUGUGCCCUUUGAAGGAGGAAGCCCGAUGACAGUGACUGUGGACGGCAGUGUGUUUGAGGCUGUGCUGCCCAACAUGAUCCCUGGCAAAACCUACCAAGUGACUGUCAGUGCUGUGAAAGGUCUGGAGGAAAGCGACCCCAGCACCGACACUGUAACCACAGCUCUGGACAGACCUCAGGGCCUGACUGCAGUUAAUGUCACUGACACAUCAGCCCUGCUGCUGUGGCAACCGUCUGUGGCCACAGUCGAUGGCUACGUCAUCACCUACAGGGCAGAUUCAGUGUCCCCGGUGGUGGAGCAUGUUUCUGGAAACACCGUGGAGUUUGAGAUGGGCUCCUUAGUUCCUGGAACCCACUACACAGUUGGAGUUCAUGCCAUGAAAGAAUCUCAGAAGAGUGGAUCUGCAGUUACUGAAUUCGUCACAGAUGUGGACCCUCCUCGUGAUCUGACAGCUAUAAACAUCCAAACUGACAGUGCUACUCUGACAUGGAAACCUCCGCAGGCUGCUGUGACCGGUUACACACUCACCUUCUCUUCUGCUGAUGGUGUGAUCAGGGAAGUGGUGCUGAGCCCGACAGCUUCCUCUUACAGCAUGGCUCAGCUCAGUGGUUCCACAGAGUACAGUGUCAAACUGCAGGCCAUCGCUGGGCCCCACAGGAGUCGACAUGUAGCCACUGUCUUCACGACCAUUGGACAGUUGUUCAGACGACCCAGGGACUGUGCUCAGAUAUAUCUGAAUGGAGAGACGACCUCUGGUCUAUACACCAUCUAUGUGGGAGGAGAGGAGGGCCAGCCCAUCCAGGUUUACUGUGACAUGACCACAGAUGGCGGAGGAUGGACGGUUGCCCUCAGACGCCAGAAUGGAAAGCUGGAGUUCUUCAGGAACUGGAAGAACUACACCGCUGGCUUUGGUAACAUGAAUGAUGAGUUCUGGCUGGGUCUCUCCAACCUUCAUAAAAUCACAUCCUCUGGUCAUUAUGACCUGCGAGUGGACUUGAGGGACAAAGGGGAAUCAGCCUACGCCCAGUAUGACAAGUUCACGCUUGCAGAACCAAGAACACGUUAUAAAAUCUACAUAGGGGCAUACAGUGGAACAGCAGGUGACUCCAUGACUUACCACCAGGGUCGACCGUUCUCUACCUAUGACAACGACAACGAUAUCGCUGUCACCAACUGCGCCUUGUCCUACAAAGGUGCCUUUUGGUAUAAAAACUGUCAUCGCGUCAACCUCAUGGGGAAAUACGGCGACAACAGUCACAGUAAGGGGAUCAACUGGUUCCACUGGAAAGGCCACGAACACUCAAUUGAAUUUGCGGAGAUGAAGAUCAGACCAGCCAACUUCAUAAACUUUGAGAGCAGAAAAAAACGAUCAUAGACCUGUGAACCCCCUCCACCUCCUCCUCUUCCUCACCCCCUCCUCUGCCUCACCAGCUGUCAUGAACUUCGGUGUUCCCUCAUCUUUAAGUUGUCUCUAAAUUACUCACAAACCAAGGUAAUCACACUGAAUGUAAUCAAUUCUGGCUGUGAGAAACAAACUUGGUAAAUUUACACCAAAGAAUCAAACAUUUGGUUGAUUUUGUGUAAUCGCCCCAGUUUGGCACCAUUGUGUGAGUGAAUAUAUAUUGUGUGUUCCAGGGGAAAGUAGCUGUUGAGUUUAAGUGUGAAUGGACAUAAUAGUACAUGUGUUAUCGAGACCUAAACAGCAGUAUUCAUAUAGGAAUUAAUCGUAAAAUUGUAUAAAUGAAUCCACUGAAUGAGUAACAUGUCAAAGGCACAUAUAGUCGGAAGGCGUCAGGGCCACAUCCUUCACAUCCGCUGAGGUCAUGGGAAUUUAACUCAGAUGCAUCAUGUGUUGAAUUAGUUCAGUUCCUCCAUCCUCAACAUUGUUAUGUUACAAAAAUCAAUCAUUUAAAAGAAUAAGAAAAUUAUUUGAUUUAUUUCCAAAUAUUCUGCUAGGUUUCUCGGAAAGAACCAUAUAAUUUGUUAGUAAUUAUAUUUAAAAUAGAGUGAUCACUUUUGUAAAUGCUAAGACAGAACCAGUAUGAGACUUUUGUUCAGAGGAGAUCAGCUGAGCUACGCAGACAUGUUUAAUGUGUCUACAAGCAAACAACAUGCAUACAAUUCAGUAGUCAGUGGCGGAUCUAGGAUUUUUCUACAUAAGGGGCCACAAUUUACACAGACAAAUAGAAUUCCUUUUCAUAAAAAGUUUAGAAAAUAAAAAUUCCUAACAAAUUUUCAUAUUUAUUGUUAGUAAGUGACUUACUAAUAUUUUUAAAGACUACUGAGAGAACAGGGGCACUUUGAGGGCCAAUCAGAAAUUUCAGCUGGAGUGUCCCACCCCCUGACAAAUGAAGAAUAAUGUUUCCAAUAAUAACCUAAUAAUAAAUAUUCACUGGCGUUUAAAUGGAGCAAAAUCUUUCAGGGAAAUUCAUCAGUAAGUAAAUACUGAACUCUGCUUAGGAACUAAAACGACGAUCUGCGAGCUGUGUCUUUUAUUCCUGUGAUUAGAACCAAACUUCACGGUUCUUUCCCAGAAACUUACACAAAGUUAAUGAUGAAUUAAGGUACCUGUAAAAUGAGGCCUAAUAUAAAUGUAUGAAAUCAUACAUUUUAAUCAGCAUAAUAAACUCAAAGAAAUGUUGCCAUAUAUUAACUGUACAACUGUGCAUUUGUAGGCCACUAAUACAAUUUAAAAUUUUAUCAGCAUAUUUUGAUUAAAAAAAGAACAAAUUGGAUGACCUGUAACUUUCAAGACAAAUAAAAAUGUUGUUUAAUAAAA